AUUAACACAAUUCAAAUCAACACAACAUAUUCAUUCCCUUCUUUGCAAAUAUCACUAACAUAAUCUCUUCAGAUCCUCAUAUAAUUACAUUGAUUCUAUUCUUUUUUAAUUCUUCCUCUAUAAAUACCGAUCAACCCAUUUUUUUCAUUCUCAUACCUAAUUUUCUUCAAAAAAAAAUAUAUGUCCAAAAUCAAAUUCACCCAAAUGGCUCCAAACUUGAAUGAAUCAUCCACCGAUCACCAAAACGGUUCCCACCACACUUCAUCACCAUUCACUAUAGAUGAGUCAAACCUAUUAGUCAACGGCCACGUCAUCCUCUCCGAUGUCCCAAAAAACAUCACUCUUACUCCCUCCUCCGUUGCCGCCGCCACUACCACCACCCAAGGCUGCUUCCUCGGCUUUAGAGCCAACGAGCCGAGAAGCCACCACGUGACAUCCCUCGGAAAACUAAGAAACACAAAAUUCAUGAGCAUUUUCAGGUUCAAGGUGUGGUGGACAACACUCUGGGUCGGUUCCAACGGCCGAGACCUUGAAACGGAAACCCAGUUUUUAAUGCUGGACGAAUGGAACGACGACACGUGUCAUCGUCCCUACGUCCUUCUCCUUCCGAUUAUCGAAGGGUCGUUCCGCGCUAACAGUGUCGUCUACGUGCACGCGGGGAACGACCCUUUUGAGUUGGUUAAGGAAGCCAUGAAGGUUGUUAGGUCUCACCUUGGAACUUUUAAUCUGUUGGAGGAGAAGACUCCGCCGGGGAUAGUUGACAAGUUCGGGUGGUGCACCUGGGAUGCAUUCUACCUUACGGUGCACCCUCAGGGUGUUUGGGAAGGUGUUAAGUCUCUCGUUGAAGGUGGUUGUCCACCGGGACUUGUUCUGAUCGACGACGGGUGGCAAUCAAUCACCCACGAUUCAGACCCGAUUACUAAGGAGGGGAUGAACCAGACGGUGGCCGGAGAACAAAUGCCAUGCAGGCUCAUCAAAUAUGAAGAGAACUACAAGUUUAGGGACUAUGUAAGUAGCUCAAGUGACAAGAAAGGUUUAGGUGCCUUUGUGAAGGACCUAAAGAAAGGGUUUGAGACUGUGGAAUAUGUGUAUGUGUGGCAUGCCCUAUGUGGUUAUUGGGGUGGGAUAAGACCUCAGGUUCCGGGGAUGCCGGAAUCCACCGUGGAGCGGCCGAAGCUGUCCCCGGGGCUGGAGACUACUAUGGAGGACUUGGCCGUAGAUAAGAUUGUCAAUAAUGGUGUGGGGUUGGUACCACCACAUUUGGUGGAUGAAAUGUAUGAAGGGAUUCACUCUCAUUUGGAAAAUGCUGGCAUUGAUGGGGUCAAAGUUGAUGUCAUCCAUUUGCUGGAGAUGGUGUGUGAGAAAUAUGGGGGUCGUGUAGAUUUGGCAAAGGCAUAUUAUAAAGCUCUCACUGCUUCAGUCAGAAAACACUUCAAAGGAAAUGGUGUCAUUGCCAGCAUGGAGCAUUGCAAUGAUUUCAUGUUGUUAGGAACUGAAGCCAUUUCCCUUGGUCGCGUUGGUGAUGAUUUCUGGUGCACUGACCCAUAUGGUGAUCCAAAUGGUACAUUUUGGCUACAAGGUUGUCACAUGGUGCAUUGUGCAUACAACAGCAUGUGGAUGGGGAACUUCAUCCACCCAGAUUGGGACAUGUUCCAAUCUACACACCCUUGUGCUGCUUUCCAUGCAGCCUCAAGAGCCAUUUCUGGUGGUCCCAUUUACAUUAGUGACACUGUUGGCAACCACAACUUUGAACUCCUCAGGAAAUUGGUCUUGCCAGAUGGCUCCAUCCUAAGGUGUCAACACUAUGCUCUCCCAACUAGGGACUGUCUCUUUUCUGACCCACUUCAUGAUGGCAAAACUAUGCUAAAAAUAUGGAACCUCAAUAAGUACACUGGAGUUCUUGGAGCAUUUAACUGCCAAGGUGGAGGGUGGUUCCGUGAAACAAGAACAACCAAAUGUGCUUUGGAGUUUUCUCAUUUGGUAUCAACAAAAGCCAACAUCAAAGACAUUGAAUGGAAUAAUGGCAACAACCCAAUCCCCGUUGAAAAUGUUCAAACUUUUGCAAUGUAUUUCAGCCAAGCCAAGAAGUUAGUCCUCUCAUCACCAAAUGAGUACCAUGAAAUCUCAUUGGAGCCAUUCAACUUUGAGCUUGUAACUGUGUCACCAGUUAGAUCCUUGAACUGCGGUGGCAGCAACAAGGUUGUGAAUUUUGCUCCUAUUGGUCUGGUGAACAUGUUGAACAACAGUGGAGCAAUUCAAACAUUGGACUUUGAUGAGGAGAAGAAUAUUGUUGAGGUUGGUGUUAGAGGAGCUGGGGAGAUGAGGGUCUUUUCCUCAGAGAGUCCUAGAGCUUGUAAGAUUGAUGGCAAAGAUGUCGAUUUUGAGUAUGAAGAGGGAAUGGUUGUAGUUCAAGUGCCAUGGCCAAGUUCAUCAAAAUCAUCCAUCGUUCAGUAUACAUAUUAAGCCAUCAUUAGGGAAUGACUAUCAUAUUUCUUUUACGGUUCUACUUUUCUUUCUCACAAAACUAUUGUUCAUAGAGAAUGAUCAUGCUAAAGGGAGCUUCUUUUAUAUAUCCCUUUGUUUAGGUGUGUGAUGAUUUGGUUUCUAGACUUAUCCUCAAAGCAGAGGGAUUAUUUGAACUAAAUAUUAUUGUCAUUAUAUGAAUGCAAGUUUGUUCUUUUA